UGAGAAAUAAAGAAAACAAGCAGAUAAAAAUAACAAAUUUGUUGUGGUUUGAGUUGAAUGAGUUAGCUAGAUCUGAUUGUGUCUCAAUUGACUUGUUUUCGUUUUAGGUUUGAUUUGAUUAAUGCACAUGCUUAGCUUUUUCACAUUUUUCUAAAACAAAUGUAAAAUGGAUAAACCCGAAGAUGAAAAAUACUGGUCGUCAUCAGCCACAAAAGGAUUUGAUUUUGAUUCCGAAGAAACCGAACAUUCUGAUGACAUAUUUGGAGCAACUCCUCUGCAGACUGCUCAGCUGUCUAAGCAGGUCAAGCAAAACAUUCCACAACAUUCAUCCCCAACAAGUGUACCUCAUACGAAACUGUCUCAAUCUUUGUCAUCACUUAGUACUAGCAGCAAUUCAAGCUUCAAAUUCACAACAAGACAACCUAGUAAACAGUGUGAAGUAACUUGUAAACUACUUUCAUCAACUGUAAAUGAUGAAACUCUUUCUAGUCCAAAAGAUGUGGUCAGAUCCAUAUUUUUGGGAAUGUCUUUUGAUUUAAGCUGCUUUAAAAAACUGAGUGACAAGACAGUCCUGCUAGAUGAAGCUCUGAGACUUGGAGAUAGUGAUGUCAUAUGUGCAGUGCUUCUUUUUCUUCAGAAGAGUCUGCAUCAGUUGGUUUUGUUUCCUCUUCUUAAAGAAAGACAUGUUGCAGCUCGAGAGUACAUUGCAAUCUUGGAAAAGCAAAAGUCUUUUAAAGAAGCAGCAAUGCUGUGUGCUGACUUGCAAAAUAGUAAAGAAGCUGCUGUUCAUUUGUACAACAGUUGCUUUAGAGGAGGGGACCAAAAUCUUCAGCAGUCACUAGAACAUAUAAAUAAAAAUGAAUUGAAGAAUCUGAAACAAAUUGAAGUUGAGUCCGAGAUUGUGAAGGAGCAUAUCCAGUUACUGGAGAGACAAUAUCCUAUUGCAGUCAGCAGAUCUCAACCCCAUCAAUCCGAAAAACAGAAAGACAAAACGUCGCCAUUUGUGGGUAAACCUGUCUCCGCCGACAAUUUAGUUGGAUCUUCAUUACUUUCUACUUUACAAUACUGUUGUCGCUACAACUGGGAUGCUCCUGAAAACCUGUUGGCUUCUCCCGUGGGACUAAAAAAAACUUUCAGGUUAACGGAAAGACAAUACAUUUGGAACGCAUUUAUCGGAAGGCUCUUAAUGAAUGAGGAUCCAAUUAAAAUUCUUCUCGUUAAGGGAAUGUUUGGAGCUCCCAAAAUAUCUGCAAAUCUAUCAAUUACAAGAAUCCUGGAAAUCGCUUCGAAUUUGAAUGGGAAUCCAAACCUUUUUGACCAAUUAAUACCGUUGACUGAAACAUCUGACAAACGAUACCAUUUAGCAAAGCGCUACCAACGACAUCGCAUCGUGAUUGAUGUUCUGAUCAGCAACAAGGACCGAAUAAGUUUACUUCAAUACAGAGAUUCAAUUGACGAUCAAACAGAAAUAGACUACAUCAAUAACACUUUAAGAGUAUCGAGCACCCGAUGGAAAAACUAGAAUUCCUAACCAUCGUCUUCCGAAAAUGGAAAAUAUCUCACUUUUAUUUCUGUCCAGAUGUUUAUUUUACUUAUUGAAUUAUUUCCAACUACCGUCUAUUCAACUUUGCCUUGUAAAUAAACUAUUUGAUAUCAGA